AUGGAGGGAGUUCAGGAGGCUGCCUCCGCCAGUCUGGAUGUGCUCGUCUUGGACCUGUCGGAUGAUGAGCCAAUUAUGGAUGUUACAAAGCUUCGUCACGAGAACAAACGUCUUCGGAUGGACGUCGUCAAGCUCACUGCCCAAAAUGAACUCCUCCAAGGUCUUGUUGUCAGCAACAGAGCUGCCGUCGUUACUCCAUCCGCUCCAUCUGCUAUCGCUACUUCUGAUGCUCCCUUGGACCGAGCAGCUAUGCUCAAAAAAGCGCGGACUCUCUUCCACACCGAUCGCACUGGAUCUGAUCCGGUAUCCAACCUGGCUUACGAGGGUCCUCUGGAUGUUGCCUUAGAGGAUUAUCCGGGGGUGAGGGAUUCAUGGACUCGAUCACUAUGGGGCAAGAACUGUCAGGCAGAGCUGGCUGCAGCGGGGCUUGUUGGGUUGAAAGUUGCCGGUGGUGCAAAAGGUAUUGCUGAGCUGAAUGCUAACAUCAACAGAGUUCACCGCUACCUCCAGAACAAGGACGGCAACGCUAUCACUGGUCUCAAGGUCAUCGACAUCAUCAAAAUGGCUCACAAUGCGUUCAACUACCUCUACGAUAACAAGCUUGCACGGUCUACGUGGAUGAAGCUUGCCUUCGAAGAUCGUCAGCUGUGCCUUGACUUGUUGAGGCGGCUCCACCCCUUGCUCCGUCUUGGUGCCAACGCAUGGAAGGCUCGGGCUAUCGCAAGUCAGGUAUAUUCAACGUGCAAAACCCAGUGGAGGCGGCAGAAUCGGUGGCCUCUCCCGGGGAUGCCAGCUGGGGAGGAUAAGGAGGGGGACGAAGAUGAGGAUGAUGGCGAUGAGGACGAGGGGGAACGACAAGGACGUGCUUCGAAGAGGGCACGCACAUCUACUAUCAUGUCUGGGGCGUCCUCAUCUGCAUAUGGCGAGCGGCAAAAUACGUCGCGCGCACCUGAAGAACGUCCCCGCCCUACUCCGCAGCCAAGACCAGCAACAGCAACAGAUGUGGCACGGCAACGUAUCUUGACCGAUCCCUUUGCAGACACGGGCGGCAGCUCUGGUUCUCCUUCCACACCUCCGACAAUUUCACCACCCCUCGCCACUGAACUGUCCGAGGAUUCCCCUGGGUCUACUAACACCACCACCACCGCGGCCAACGAAAAUGCCAUCGAUGGAGAGACUCACCAGCACCCCGAGCGCGGGAGUGCCCACCAAGAGCCCACACCUACCCACUCUGAUGGGACCCGGCAACAGGCCUCUGCACAGUCAGCAAGUACACCGGGACCAGCUCCGACUCUGGCCGCUAUGCCCGAGCAGCCCAUGCAACAAAAGCUCGCAAUUACCGGCGGCAGGAGUUUCUGGGGUGCCGAGAUCUGGUGGGUCGACACCAGCGAAGCAAACCGCACCGACUCGCAGUACAAGAAGGACUGGCGUCGUCUCCCGAAGAAACAAAAAGACUACUAUAACGCUCAGUAUCUUUCAUACAAGGCCAACCCAACAACGUUCCAGCUGACGCGUUUCAAAGACGGCCACUGA